AUAAUUUUGUGGCGACACGGCCAGUACUGUAAAAACAUAAAUAAAAAGGUUGCAGUUGAGAUGAGAUAGAUACAGGCUUGUCAUAACAUCACAUUCACACCCCCCGGCAUUUCUCUUGCUCUCCUCCGGCGCCACCAUCACUAUGCGACGUCGUUUUGGUCUUCCUUCCGCCUCUACCUGAUCUAAUACUCUUGCUUUCCCAAAGAUCUGAGAAGCUUGAUUGGAGGGGGAAAGGAGGUGUUUUCGAGGUUUAAAGUGGUUGUAUUGAAUGAAAUAGGGUAGUUGUAGUGUAAUGAGAUGUCGUUAAAAAACAUUGUUAGGGAGUUGAAAGAUGGGAUUGGUAAUGUGUCGAGGAGAAGAGUUGAGGGGAAGCAUUGGCGGAACCGCACGCGAUCACAUAUUGCACCUGAUGUGGCAGUGAGUGAACCGGUUGAGCAAGGGAAGUGGGCUAAUUUGCCGCCUGAAUUGCUGUUGGAUAUAGUCCGGAGGGUUGAGGAGAGUGAGACGACGUGGCCUGCAAGAUCUGUUGUUGUUUAUUGUGGUUCAGUGUGCAAGUCUUGGAGGGAUAUUACUAAGGAGAUUGUUAAGACUCCGGAAGUAUGCGGAAGACUCACUUUUCCUAUUUCGUUGAAGCAGCCUGGACCGCGUGAUUCUCCAAUACAAUGCUUCAUAAGAAGGGAUCGAGCAACUUCAACUUAUCUACUAUACUUUGGUCUCACCCCAUCGGAAAACAAGCGUGCUAAGCUGCUCCUGGCAGCCAAAAAGAUCAGAAGAGCAACAAGCACCGAUUUUGUGAUUUCUCUACUUGCGGAUGAUUUUUCCAAAGACAGCAAUGCAUAUCUUGGCAAACUGAGGUCUAAUUUUCUGGGCACAAAGUUCGUAAUAUAUGACAGCCAGCCUCCAAAUGACAUGGUAGUUCAAUCUAACAGUAGCCAAAGGUUCCAUAGUAGACAAGUAUCUCCAAGAUUACCUCCACAUAAGUACAGCAUAGCCACAAUUACCUAUGAGCUUAAUGUCCUUCGCACAAGAGGGCCAAGGCGAAUGCAAUGCAUCAUGGAUACAAUUCCCAUCUCCUCAGUUCAGGAGGGAGGCACUGCUCCGACACCAACAUCAUUUCCAAACUCAGAUAAAAACAGAUCUUUUGUUGCUAAAGGAAAAGAGCCAGUUAAAGGUUGCAACGCCUCAGUCCUUUCCAGUUCUCCUGCAACAACGCCAUCCUGUGAGGAGCCCAUGGUUCUUAAGAACAAGGCUCCUAGAUGGCAUGAACAGUUACAAUGCUGGUGCCUUAAUUUUAAGGGUCGUGUCACAGUAGCAUCAGUUAAGAAUUUUCAGCUUGUUGCAGCUGUUGAUGAAUCACAUAACGUGUCGGCUGCAGAGCAAGAGAAAGUAAUAUUGCAGUUUGGAAAAAUUGGAAAAGACAUUUUUACUAUGGAUUAUCGGUAUCCACUCUCUGCCUUCCAAGCCUUUGCACUCUGCUUAAGCAGCUUUGACACCAAACCAGCAUGUGAAUGACCGGCGUUGCUUUGAUGGGAAAUCAUAUGCUCAGCCUGUGUCUAUCGAGUCUCUUAAGAGCGUCUGUUUAAACGUUUUCGCAAUCUGUUUACAAUUGAGAAUCUCUCAUGCUUGACUUGUUUAUCCUCCAGCAGCCAGCUCUGCUUAGAAAUUCACAAAUGCCAUGUAUCAUGCCAAAGUCUUUUCUGUCAUUUUAUAUUAGAUAUGUACAAUAACCCUUGCAGUAAUAUAUGUUCAUCUAAUUGAGUUGUA